AUGUUCGGCCCGUUCAGGAUAACAAACGUCUUGAAUGGCGGUCUUCUAUGGAAGACUCCUUGGCGGCUGUCGCGAUUCCAGAAGCUCCGCCAGCGAAGACGACUCCGAGCCGUGGAUGGCAUCGUCGCCACUCUCGACCAGGCUCUCGCGAAGCAGGGCCACACGAUGAAGUCGCUGGAGCGGUGGAAGGCCGAGAUGCCGAGCGAGGCCGAGAUGCUGCCCAAGGACAAGUACACCAUCUUUGACCGCAAGGAGAAGCGGUACCGAAAGGGCAUUCACAGUAAGCUGCAGAUUCUGUUUCUCACGUUUUAUGAACUCCCAAAGUGGACGAGAGUGUCGCAGCGCCUCAACCCUCCAGGCUACUAG